GCAAAAUAGCAACUCAGGGAGACGAUGUCGGUGUGCCGGUUCGUUCUCGCGUCGUUGUCGCGGAGUCGCGAGCGUGUCAUUCCCGGUGCGACCGCGAUCUCGAGGAAGAGCUACUCCACCACCGCGGAGAAUGAGGAGACCUACGACGUCGUCGUCGCCGGAGGUGGCAUGGUCGGCACAACUUUGGCGUGCGCUAUAGCGAACAAUCGGAGAUUGGCGGGCAAGAAGAUCUUACUUUUAGAGGGUAGUCCUAAACAGGAAUACACACCCCAGGAGCAAUAUUCCAAUCGAGUUGUCGCGUUGAAUCAACAAACCCGUACCUUGUUGUCCAGCAUAGGAGCAUGGAAACACAUAGAGGCAGUCCGCUGUUCUCCAGUACGAAGAAUGCAGGUAUGGGAAGCGUGUUCCGAUGCCAUGAUAACAUUCAACGAGGACUUGUCGUGCAGAGAAUUGGCCUAUAUAGUUGAGAACGAUUUGCUGUUGCACGCGGUCAACAAGCAACUCUCCGAAAAGGAAAAUGUUACUGUGAUUUACGAGUCUAAAAUCUGCGAUGUGAAACUUCCGAAAACGUCCAUGGAGUUCGUCACUGUACAGCUGCAAUCUGGCGAGCAGUACAGGACCAGGUUACUGGUGGGCGCCGAUGGCGUUAACUCGCUGGUGAGGAGGGCGAUGGGCGUGAUUUAUCUCAAUUGGCAGUACAAUCAAUUGGGCAUCGUCGCGACUCUCAAGCUGUCCGAGCCCACGGAGAACGUCGUCGCUUGGCAAAGAUUCCUCCCAACAGGACCCAUCGCAUUGCUUCCGUUGACAGAUUCUCUCAGUUCGCUCGUGUGGUCCGUGACGAGCGAGAAGGCGAAGGAACUGAUGAAAGUCUCGGACGAGGAGUUCGUCGACAGGAUAAACGAGGCGCUGUGGCGGGCCUAUCCGAAGAGCAGCAUCGUCGAGAGCGGGAUGCACGGAUUCCACUGGCUGCUCACGAGACUCGCCCUGAAGACCCACGCAUCCAGGCAAAUGCCGCCCUCCGUGGCGGGAAUCGUCGAGGGAUCGCGGGCAGCGUUUCCCCUGGGUUUCGGCCACGCCUCGUCUUACGUUCAGCCGGGCACGGUGUUGGUUGGGGACGCUGCGCAUCGAGUCCAUCCUUUGGCAGGCCAAGGCGUGAAUUUGGGUUUCGGCGACGUGACGGAAUUGACGCAGACCCUCGCCGAGGCUGCUGUGAACGGUAGUCAUCUCAAUGAUAUGCACUGUUUGCGGACGUACGAGACGCUGAGGCAACGUCACAACGUACCGAUGAUGCUCGCCAUCGAUGGACUUCAUCGGUUCUAUCAAUACACCGCGGCGCCCAUUGUUCUUGGUAGAAGCCUGGGCUUGCAACUGGUAGACGCUAUCCCGCCAAUUAAGAGAUUGUUAAUGCAACAGGCUGCAGGAAAUAAAAUGUUUUAAAAGUGCUGGUUAAUAAUGAGAUAAGAAUGUAAAUAUAAUAUGAAUAUGAUUUUACAUUGAUUAAGAAU